AUGAAACUUUCAAUAAUUUUUGCCUCUUUCGCUUCUUUUACCAACGCUAGUGGUCCACGCCGUCCAGGACGCUUUUCUCAGAAUAAGAGAGCAUCGAAAUCGAUCAUCUCAGGGAAACCAUUUUUGCUAGUAGCUGCCUUUGGCGGUCUUAUUGAGAGUGCCUUAGUUGACAACUUUGAUUUUUCAGCGACCCGAAAACUCUCAAAAGAGGACUGCGUUGACGCGGAUAUUUAUGAAAUUUGCCUUUCCGAUUGCCGAUUGAAAAAUAGGGAGUGCCUUGCUAGCUGUGGCGACUCAUCGCUCUGUCAAAGUCAAUGCCGAGUCGAUUAUGGAGAUUGCAACUCAUCCUGUCCUUGUGGCCUUGAUUGCCCAAUCGGCUGCGAAGGCUGCUCUCAUCCUCUUUGUCCCCAGGUUAUUUUUCUACAAAAAAAUCUCAAAAACUUGCGAUUCAAGCCAACAACGACGACAACGAGAACUACUUCAACCACGAAUAACUUUCAAACAGAUGACAGAAUCGGCUUUCUUACUUAUGACAGAAACAUGACUGUCAAAUGCGCCACGAAAAAAUCAAUAGACAAGAUGAUCGUGAAACACGAUUGUAUUGACGGCCCUGAUGCGAGACCAUGCGACCUCGACCAGGUUCAAACUCAUUUUGUCUUUUUGGAAUGGACUGGAAGGCAAAACGAGGUUCAUAUCAACACCCAUUACGAUCUCGAAGGUCCUCCGUUUCGCGCAAUGUACUAUAAAGACGUAUCAUCAACUGCAGAUCCGCUGCAUUUUGGUUUCAUAAACCAAGUUCCCUUUCCAGAAUACAACGAGAACUACGAAGAAUUUGGCGAUACUUGGAUACUUGAUCAAGUGAACUGCCAAGAAGAAAUCUGCCCGUAUCGGAUCCGAGCUGGGGAGCAGCCACACAAAGGGUGGAAACGAGAUGAAGAUCACGUGAAACAAGGAACAUGGCUCGCAUUUGAAGAAAUUGACGAAAACGACGACAACUUCUUAUGGUUCGUUUUCACAAAGAAAGAUGAAAAUAGCAGCCUUUGA